UUCUUUUCCUUAUAUUCUUGUUUGGAUUAAACCAAUUGAUCACACCAACGACACUUCUGCUCAGCACUAAUUGAGCCAUCAUAUAUUCAAUUGUAUAUACUGUAUACUGAUACUACUCAUUAUUAUUGACACAAACCAUUUACAGCUAGUUGACAUCUCUCUUUCAAUCGACUGUCAAUAAAGCUGCCAACAAACGCAUUUGAUACUCCAAUAACCCAAAUGUUUCUUCUCAAAUUAUUUAUUCACUAUUUCGGCUGUAGGUGGAAGUGGGUUUUAUUCAAUCAGCGUUCAUCAGUGACUUUUUGAACUUUAUAAUGAUCAAUUCGACAGCCAACAUGUCUUGGAAAGGAAUUUUUGUAAUACUCUCUGCAUUAAUGCUUAAACGCUCGGAUAGUUUGAUUUAUUCAAACAUGUCGACCAAUUUAGGUCUUGUCCACUCCGUCUCUUAUCCCGUUGUAGAGUACCUGCCUGAACGUAGCAUACUCAUAGAUUGGUGCUUUCAAAUGUCCUACACUUUACCGGGUUCAGUUUCGGCUUUUUAUAACAUACCAAUUUGGCCUGGAAUACAGAAUCCGAAACCGCGUAGUAAGCGUAGAGUUGACAGCGAUAAUGACAGUUUGGAAGUGCAAAAACAUUUGCAGUGGUUAGAUAAAUAUGAUCGUAAGAUAAAUGUAAAUCAGCAUCCGAUGGACUUAACGGCUGGGGAGCUUUAUCAAGGCAUCGAGGAUUAUUUUUCGAGCUUCGGUGUACAUGAAACCUGUCUUCUACGCAGCGUUUGCGAGCUAGCACAACAUCCAUUUGACGAUAACCACCAUACAAUUCUCACGGAACUAUUGACAUUUAUAUUGACGCCAUCUCUGCAUCAAGGUUUCACCAAACAUGAGAAAAUUUACCGGGAGGCGUACGAAGCUGCCGAACUACAUGGGUUUUUAGGCGAAAAUUGUGCUAUUCUAUAUUCCGAAUGCGAAAGAGAUAUUUUAAGUGAUGUAACAAAAAUUAUAGUAAUAAAUGAUUAAUUAAU